UCCUGUUCUCAUUGGGAAUAAUUCACCAGUGCAUUUCAUUCUACUUUUACCAGCAUUAAAUAGACUUGUGUUUUUUCUUCUAAUAAAGACUGAUCAGUCACAUGACAUUCACAGGUCAUACCUCCAGUGCUGCAUGUGCCAGAUGAGCAACCACGUCGGAAAGCUUUCUAGACCUCAAUUUCGGAGGAACCGACACUUCGAGAGGAGACACGGCAGACAGUAGGAGAACCGGACCGAACCGAACCGGACCGAUCUGAACAGUUCCUGCGCGCGGAGCGAUGGAUUCCUCAGCUCGGCGCUCGCGAGGAAACACAGAUGCGCUGUGGACCGGUGGCUUCGCCUCGUCCUUGAGCUCUUCCAGCUUGUGUUUGUGAAACUCCUUCAACACCGACCUGCCGCCGUUCUUCUCUAUCUCUUCUCACGCUCUCCAUGGCUAAUCUUCUGAGCUAUGUUUUGUUCCUGGCGCUCCGGACGUACGCCGCUCCGCCGGAGUACAUCCAAGUGUGGCCCGGCAGCUCGACGCCAGCCCCGGGAGAUCUGGGCAACGGUACGAUCGGCCCUUCUUUAGUUCCUCCUCCAGGAACCAGCAAACACGCGCCACACAGCAUCAUCAUCGGCGUGCGAAAAGGAGGCACCAGAGCAUUGCUGGAAAUGCUGGAUAUCCAUCCCGAUGUAGCAGCGGCGGCCACCGAACUUCACUUCUUCGACUGGGACGAGAACUAUGCCAAAGGCUUCGAAUGGUACCGGGACCAAAUGCCAUAUUCGUAUCCAAAUCAGAUCACCGUGGAAAAGACGCCGGGGUAUUUCACGUCUCCGGUGGCGCCUGCGCGGAUCCACGCCAUGAACUCUUCCAUCAGACUCUUGCUGAUUUUGAGAGACCCGACGGAGAGAGUCAUAUCGGACUAUACGCAAGUCUACUUCAACCGCUUGGAGAACCACAAACCCGUACAGGCCAUCGAGAACAUGCUAGUCAAGAACGGUGCUCUAAACACGCGCUACAAAGCCAUCCAGCGCAGUCUUUACGAUGUCCACAUGAGGAACUGGCUGCAGCACUUUCCUCUGGAGCAGAUCCACAUUGUGGAUGGGGAUACGCUGAUCCACGAUCCGUUACCGGAGCUCCAGCGAGUCGAACGCUUCUUGCAUCUGCCGCCGCGGAUCGUGGCGUCCAACUUCUAUUUUAACCAGACCAAAGGCUUCUACUGCAUUCGCAGCGACGGCCAUGAGCGAUGCCUGCACGAGUCCAAAGGACGGCCGCAUCCGCCCGUUAACAGCACUGUGCUGCGACAGCUGCGCUCGUAUUUGCGCCAACACAAUCGGAACUUCUAUCGGCUCAUUGGACGUACUUUUAACUGGCAGUAGUGGGAGGGGCUGGAAUUAGUCAAUCACAGCCCAGCUGGGGGGCUGAUUGACAGCUGAUUGAUAGCUGAUGGACUGAACAAACCACUCCCCCUCGGACACGUCUCUUAAAUGCCUUCGAGCUGCUUUUAAAGGGAUAGUGCACCAAAAAAUAGCAAAUUCGCUUUUAAGUUACUCACCCUCAGGCUAUACGAGAUGUAUGCAAGUUUGUUUCUUCAGUAGAACAGUGAGAAGAUUUUUAGCUGAAAGUGUGAUUCUUGGUGAUUCAUAAAAUGCA